ACUGUUUGUUGAGGCAUUGAACCAGAACACUUUUUCAUUUAGGGAAGAGAAACACUCUUGAAGAGAGCUUAUGUACACUUGUAUGACAGAAGUGAUGUAUUCAUCUCAGAGAAAGUAACAGGACACACACACUCUCUCUCACACCUAUAGGCUAGCUGACCCUGGGGGAUUCUCAUGUCUCCCCAAAGCACUGAGGAACUUCAACCAGCUGCUCUUCUCUGCUACGGAAAUUUUGAAGAACAUCAAAACCAACUGUCUUUUCCUCAUAUGUUCUCUUUGGAAGGCAUUCUCUUUUCUUUCACAGCUCUGGGUUCCUCUGGGAUCCCACAUUAGAGGAUAUAUUAACAAAACCAGGACUUCUGUACAGCUCACGUGGUCUUGUAAGAUUUUUGGAUCUAAAUCAGAGGCUACUGGUUCAUAUUUUCAUUUCAAGUGCAUAGGAUUUUGCACAACCAACAGGUUAUUUGUCUCAUCUAAUCAACUUUGAAGUCUUCAAGAGGAUUGUAGAGUGUUUGGGACUUUUACAGCCUUAGCGUCUCUGAACAGACAGAGUUGAUUAAUUGGGGGCUUAGGAACAGAGACUUGUCUCCGCUAACAUUUAUGACACAUACCAGCAAACAGCAGGAGAUUUACACAAGAAGAGCAGACAGAGAGAGAUUGGAAGAGGAGAGAGGGUGAGGGGGAUCCUACAGCCAUCAAAAGAAGUAAUGAAUACCAGAGAGACUUUGUAAAUCUUCCUAAAAACCUCUGCAGGAUACUGAAAUACUACUGCUGAAGAAGGUGAAAUUAUCCGAAGCUUACAGCACAAUUAGGUGUGUGCUGUUGGUGCUACCAUGGAAGUCCCUGCACUGGUCUUUAUGGUUUUGAUCCUGGUGUGUGAUAUGUUCCCCUUAUUGGAAUGCAACACUGGAGUUCAGGAGUUUGACAACAGUGAUGAAGGCCCAGAGCCUGGAUUCCUUUCAGGCUCACGCACCCGCCGGGCAACAGAAGUCCCAUCCCAGGACAAGUGCUCUUAUACCUUCAUUGUUCCCCAGCAAAAGGUCACAGGUGCUAUUUGUGUUAAUUCGAAGGAACCUGAGGCUGUACUGGAGAAUCGGGUAAAUAAGCAGGAGCUGGAACUUGUUAACACUGAGCUCCACAAGCAGAAGAGGCAAAUUGAGACUCUACAGCAGCUCGUAGAAGUGGAUGGUGGUAUUGUUAAUGAGGUGAAGCUCUUACGCAAAGAAUCACGCAACAUGAACUCUCGUGUGACACAACUCUAUAUGCAGCUUCUCCAUGAGAUUAUCCGCAAGCGAGACAAUGCACUGGAGCUUUCUCAACUGGAGAACAAGAUUCUGAACCAGACAUCAGAGCUGUUGCAGCUUUCCAACCGCUACAAAGAUCUGGAACAUAAGUACCAGCAUUUGUCAUCACUGGCAAACAAUCAAUCCACUCUUAUUGCUCUACUUGAGGUACAGUGUCAGAAAGGACCACCAGUGGUGGCACCUAGACCACUGCCCCAACCCCAGCCACAACCUCAACCCAGGCCAUCGCCACCUAUUAACAAGCCAUACCAACCACCUAUGUUUAAUCGCAACAACCAAAUAACCAAUGAGAUCCAGAGUGAUCAAAACCUGAAAGCGCCACCACCUCCACUACCCACCAUGCCAAGUGGCACUCACAGCCCAUCUACAACCAACAAGCCAUCUGGCCCCUGGAAAGACUGUCUGCAGGCCCUGGAAGAUGGCCAUAGUAACAGUGGUAUGUAUCUAGUGAAGCCUGAAAAUACCAACAAGCUCAUGCAGGUAUGGUGUGACCAAAAACAAGACCCUGGAGGCUGGACAGUCAUCCAGAGACGCAUGGAUGGCUCUGUGAAUUUCUUCAGGAACUGGGAGACAUACAAGCAAGGCUUUGGGAAUAUAGAUGGAGAGUACUGGCUAGGGUUGGAGAACAUUUACUGGUUGACCAAUCAGGCUACUUAUAAGCUUUUGGUGACUCUGGAGGACUGGGCUGGGCGCAAAACAUUUGCAGAAUAUGCCAGCUUCAGGCUGGAACCUGAAGCAGACUUCUACAAACUACGGGUGGGCCGCUACCAUGGCAAUGCUGGCGAUUCUCUCACCUGGCACAAUGGCAAGCAGUUCACUACGCUGGACAGAGAUCAUGAUGCAUACACAGGUAACUGUGCUCACUAUCAGAAGGGAGGCUGGUGGUAUAACUCCUGUGCCCACUCCAACCUGAAUGGUGUCUGGUAUCGAGGCGGGCACUACCGCAGCCGCUACCAAGAUGGAGUGUACUGGGCUGAAUUCAGAGGAGGAGCAUACUCCCUAAAGAAAGUGGUGAUGAUGAUACGUCCCAAUCCCAACACUUUUCACUGAACAGCAUACAAACCAGACGAAAAGACUAUACCCCACACAUACAGAAAGUUGAAGAUGUUUAUAUUUAUGGUAAAUGGAAUCUUUGGGAUGACAAAUCCUCUCAAAAUUUAUUUGUGGCAAUGUAUCCUCCUGACAUCUGGAAAAUUUGGCCUUCAUAUUCCAUUGUUCAUAACAGUUUCUGCUUUGUGUUCAUCUGGUGAAAUUAUUUGCAAUACAAUUUUGGCUUUGUUUAACCAAACAACAAAAAACACUCUGUCCUCAUGCAAACAUUAUAAUUAAACUUACGUUUAUAUGCGACAGAUUAUCUAUUUUUGAGUGGUCAUAUCAAAUAUGUGACAGUACAGCUUAGAAAUAGCGCUUUCAAAAAAAUAUUAUAUGUGACCUAAGACACAGGAUGCACAGUCUGGUGGUAGACAAGUUAUGCUUGAUUAGUUUUUAUGAAGCAAAAAAACAGAAAAGGAUUUUCUGAAAAAUAAGUGGUUGAGUGGUUUAUUUCAAUAAUUACAAAUCACUGUCCAAUUUCUUGAAACGAAAUUAGGCCAAAAGAUGACAUGACUAAUAGCAGACUAAUGGCUUACCACUACCAGGAAGAGUCUGAAGGGAAAUUUCUGAAACUGUACACUGGUAUUGCUGAAAUGUUUAAGCCCUGAUAUAUUCAGUGAAUGCCAACUCAUUGUUGUAUAUACUGUGGUUAGCAGCAGAAGCGGGAAGAAACAUCCACAAAAUCUUCUACAGAUACUUAUAAUAAAUGUAACGAACUAUACAACAAAAGACAGGCAAACAUUUCUGGUGCUAUCUUAAUAACAUAGUUCCUAUGAGACAAAUAUUAUCUGGUAUGUAUUUAUUCUUCCUUGAAGUUAAAAGACAAUUAAGAAACAGAUCAUUACUAUCAUAUCAAUGUAAUGAAGAAUAAAUAAGAACAAUUACGGUACUACUUUUUUUUUUUUUUACCAUUACUACUGUUAAAAUAAAAUCCAAUAUUCGAUAAUAUGAAUUACUUAAGAAAGCUGUAUUUAAAAAAUACAUUCUGUAUAGAGCAACAGUAUGAGUAAAGCAGUUAAAGUAUGUUAAAAAGCCUGACUUAAGGCACAGGGGUUUCUACCAAUUGUCUUACCUCCUGGAAAUAUCACCUUCUGGCCAGGUUCCUGGUCAUAUAUCUUGAUAUAAAAAGAAAUUUAUACUAUACCACUAUCAAGAUUAUGUAUUCUUUGUGCUUGUUUGAGAUUUUACUAUAUGUUCCGGUUUUCUUUUAAAUAAUUGGAAAAUUGUACAUAAUGUACAAAUUUAAACGUUGGAACCAACCCAGCAUAUUUCUGUAUAUAUAAUUUUGGAGAAAUUGUUUAUACUUCAAGUGUAAUAAAUGUACUUGCAUCAUCAAAAUGUUGUAAUAAUAAAAAAAAAAAUGACA